UGUUCAAAUUCCGCAUUAAGCUGAAGAUUUGCAAAUAAGGAGUAUAUACAUAUUUCAUUCAAAUUUGUUAUGAAUUUACCUCCAACAUUACUUCAGCGAUUAAGGCAACGAGGCCUUUUAUUAAAGGACAAUGACUUAUUGCAUAACCCGGACGAGCUAGAAGAGAUUAUUGCAGAAAAUUAUGACGAGGACGAAAAGGUGCACCACCAAAUAAGAAAUGAAUUCGUGGAGACUAAAAAGUUAUCUGAAGAACAUCUGUGGCCUGAUCGUAUGAAAGAACGAAUAGGAGUUGCAGAAUCAUACCAUGGAUAUAAAUUUUGUCCGAAUAAAUAUAAUAUUUGGCAUAAGUGUACAUUGUAUUGUGUCAACCGAUGGCCCAUUGAUCGGCAAAAGCCAAAUGAAAACUACUUACGUCGCUACAAAAGACUACUUCGAAAAUAUCCAUUAGAUGAGAGAUGGAAACAAAUAUAUGAACCCGGUUGUGAUUGCUAUUAUUUCUAUAACCCGAUAUCUCACAAAGUAUCAUGGUUACCUCCGUCACAUCCGAAGGCUCGGGUAUCAAAAAGUGCGGCAAUAUUUCGAAGACAAUUAGCAAAUUCAAACGAUGAAUACAACUUUAAUUCGUCUGAUUAUUUAACGUCAAAAGCUACGGAUUUUUUUCCUAAAAAUGAUGUUGCCCUAGAAACAGCAACAUCUGAUAGGCCUUCUUUUUUCGUACUAGGAAGAAAACAAAAAGCUCGAGAUUUAGAACGAGCUCUUUUGCGUAAGAGAAGAAAUGAUAAACAGCUUUAGCCAGAUGACUUUAUAUUUGUAAUAUAGAAAUUUAAUAAAAAUGGUUCUUUGUAAUCUAAA